AUGCUGGAUUGUGUUACAGCCGAAAGGGGUGAAACAUCCUCAUUUCACUGUCGAUACUAUGACUCGAUGCGUUCCAGACGCGAUGCUGAGAAUUUGUGCUGCGGCACAUUUUUGGACAUCACGCAACCCUGUCGCUUCAGAGUGAGCGAAGUGUGCGAUUUGUCUGAAGUAGGAAGAGUGAUGGGGUCAGAAGCGGCUGAAGUGUGCACAGACCGGACAAGUUUUGAGUCAGGCCUGUGCUGUUAUGGUUUGAGCCAGCUGACAUUUAGAAGAAAAAUGAAUCUGAAACUCUCUUGUAGAGAACAAUCAUUGAUUAGCGCCCAAGUAACUGAAUUGGACAAUCAUUUCCUCACUGCAACCUCCGUGACCGGCUGUGUCUACCACUUGGCUCCACGUCGAGGGGCCAGUGAUCCGGCCACUAAUUGCCACGGCCAAAUAUGUGUCCAGAGACUCGGCCGUCAGGUGCUGUCAGGACAGCACCCCUCUGCUGUCAUGCCAAAGUUGGCCGAGCAUCAGACCUCACCGGUGGACAUAUAUCACAGACACGAAUACGAGACCCGGUCGGCCGUUGUCUUGGAGCCGGUGCUUGUUUCGGCCAAACACUCUGCCGACAGACAGCCAUACGGCUCCAAUUAA